AUGGGCAGUCACGUUGACACCUCGACGGAGGUUCCAAAGGUCGAUACGGUGGCUGAAACUCCGGAUGCCGCAAAUGCGACGGCAAAUAGCUCAAGGGCGCCGGGAACUGGAGAAGCCGUGCCCUAUGGAGUGCCUGGAGCAACACCCACGCACGUGGAAGGUGUUGCAUCUCCAAAAGCUUCGCCGAAGCCGUCCCCUCGUGAUGAAGCGGCAAGUUUGCCGAGCUCAGAUGCGGAAGCUGCGGAUCCAGCCGACAAACGUGCAGCUGAAACUGGUGAUGAGCCGCCGGCAAAGAAGAGCCGACUUCAUAAGGAAAUUCGUGGAUUGGUGAAGGUUGUGAAAGACGUUGUGAUUGGCCUCACCGCCUCGACGUCCACUUUGGACAGAGUGGACCAAGUGUCCGCCAAGUACUUCCUAACAUCGAUGCAACAGCACUCGACGUCCAUGAACAAUAUCAGCUGGCAGGUGACUGGGAGCAAAUCCCAAGUCAAUCCAACGCUGAAAGAGCUUUGUCGUGAUUUGAACGACAAGAUCAAUACAGGGAACAGGAGGUUGGACGAAAUCAAGCAAGAAAGACGCUCGCAGCAUGAACAAUCACUGCAGUAUCUGAAAGGCAUCGAAUCGGCAGUAGACAGGAUGGUGACUGCGUUGACGCAGUUGAAUGUUGUGACUGCUGCUCCGAUUGCACCAACUGGAGCUCCUGUGGGACCGGGUGUGGCAUCAACUGGAGUUCCUGUGGGGCCGAGUGUUGCAGCUCCUGGGGUUCCUGUGGGACCUACUGCAACUGGAACCCAUCCAGCAGUGGGCACUGCUACCCAUGGAGUUGCUGGCACGAUGAAUCCUCCCCUGGCACCGCCACCAAUGGGGACCCCGACAACUCCAGGAAUUGCAGCCAAGACAGGGCCGAGCUUUCCACCUGUUGCACCUGCAUCUGGUGGUUAUGCACCACCGCAUGCAGCACCUGCAGUGCCAGCAGCGCCCUUUGUGCAGCGCGCAGGGCGCAUUCGCCUGCGCACCCAGGACGGGACGGAAAUAGUACGGGCCGUUUCGCCCAACCCCGCUCGUCGGGAGGCAAUCCCGGCGGGGUGGGCGGAGGAGUACGGCAUGGGAACCCUCCAGUUAGGCCAGUUGGUAUAUCGAGUGAUUUCUGAUGAAUUCAUUCCAACGGCGGUCCCACUCAAUUAG